AUGGAGCACCAACCAACAUAUCAAGGCCCAGAAGGAGGGGCAGAGAUGCCAGCUCUGGGAGCUGGAAUACCUCCUCCAAAUCAGCAACUCCCUGCGCAAAUGUUCACGACAGCUGCGCAAUUACUUGACUUGACUGAUAAAAAACUUAUGAUUUCACUUCGCGAUGGCAGAAAACUUAUCGGAAUACUUCGAAGUUGGGAUCAAUUCGUACUACAAUCCACCGUCGAGCGUAUAUUUGUCGCACCACCUUCUCCCUCUACUCCAGGUGCGGUCACACAACCGGGACUAUACGCCGAUGUACCUCGAGGACUCUUCCUCGUCCGCGGCGAGAACGUUUUACUUCUUGGCGAAAUAGAUCUGGAUAAAGACGAUGAUGCACCACCAGGAUAUGAAAAAGCAGAUGCGGAAUUGGUGCACAAGUUGGACAAGGAGAGGAGAGCCCUGGAUUCGAAGAAGGAUAAGAGUAGACUUAAGAAGCUAGCGGAGCUGGGGUUUGAGGGCGAAAAUUCUGGGGAAGCAAUAUUUGGAUGA